AUCGGCGACGACGUAUAUGCAUCUCUUUCGGUAGCACAGUUUUCUUGCAAUGGGUUUUUCAUUUUUAAGUGUUUGAGCGAGACCGCGCAGGGCGGCGGGGGCCCGGACGGAAAAAUAUGAACAAAAUUUUGUGCUCUUAAAAAUUAUUGAUUUUCAUCGUUAAAAAAUAGGAGACGAGUCGCUUAAUUGCAUGCGUGAUGUGAACGUCGGUCGCGCUCACUAACGUAUAUAAAUACAGUUCCAGUAUUCAAACCUUAAAAUAUACAGUCUAGUCUAAAAAGUUUCUACUUAAAAAUAUUAAAAAACGAAAGUAUUCAACGUACUUAAAAUUUUAAAAUAAAUAUAAAAAAAAAACAAGAAAAUAUUUUUACUUCCUAGCGUUAGAAUUUAUACACUGUGAUACAAAAGUUUUUGGCGGGAGUUUUUUUGAAAAGAGAACUGUGCAAUUUUUCUAGUGUAACGGUUUUGUGCAAUUUUGAAUUUUUGAAGUUGGAACGUGCAGUGAUUGGCCAAAGAUAAUGUUAAGCUAGUUUUCGUGAUAAUUUGCCUUGUGAAAGAAAGAUGGCGCUGCCUCCGCAACAGUUUUGCGUCAGGUGGAACUCCUACCACACUAAUUUACAGGCGGUAUUCCCUCGUCUGCUUCUAACGGAGCAGUUCGCGGACGUGACCCUGGCUUGCGAGUCACGACAGCUGCGCUGCCACAAGCUGGUGCUGUCAGCAUGCUCCGCCUACCUCGAGCGGCUGCUGCUGCAGAACCCCUGCGACCAUCCCAUUGUGCUGAUGAGGGACAUGAGGUUCAGUGAGAUGCAAGCGCUAGUGGACUUCAUGUACAAGGGCGAGGUGAAUGUCACCCAGGAUGAGCUGCCCAGUUUACUCAAGUCUGCUGAGGCUCUGCAGAUUAGAGGUCUAUGCUCUCACGACACAUCAGGAGUGUCGGGCGAGGCGGGUCGCACGGACAGCAAAGACUAUACAGUUGCCAGUGACGCUCUCGUCGCGCACGCUCAACGAGAUGCACAGCAGCAGAACGGUCCCUCCCCCGCUCAGAAAUCACCCCCAACCAACAACAACAACACCCACGCAACAACAACGAACGGAACCAAAAAGAGGAAAUCCGAGGAGAGAGCCGACAUCAAGGAGGAAACGGUGGAGGAGGACGGACUGUACUACGGCGAGCUGGACAACGAUAACAUGGAGUUUAACGAGGACGAUGAACCCGGGAAACCAGGUAGCAGUUUAGGACAAGCAUCAGGUGUGAGAACGUCCACUGAGAUAGUGACGCGCCAUUUUAUCGAUAUGGACCAUGGCAUUCCUCUAAACAUCCAUGCGAGACCCCGUUUGGUCGGACGAAGGCCUAAUGAGAUCGUCAACAUAGAAACGGACGUUUUCCAAGAGAAAUCUUACAAGCAGUAUUCGUCGCAACAUUUACGUGAUGCCCUCAUAGCUGUGAAAAAAGGAUAUAGUGUGUAUGCUGCUUCUAAUAAGUAUGGGGUUCCGAGAAAGACUUUAAGGAAUUGGAUGGAGAAAUAUGAUAUAAAGAGUCAGUUUUCGAAAGGUAGGCGCGGUGCGAGGACCCAAAUUUUGGAUCCUUUGGACCUUAUGGUGGAAAGGGGGUCUACCAAGUUUGAGGAUACGUUGUAAGUUACGGCCGGAUGCUGAAAGGUUACUCAAUUUUGAGGACUGCUCAAAAAUCAGUCUAUUUCUGUGACACUUCAGAUUUCUGCCACAGUUAUAAGUAGUACUUGAAGUUGAAUAACGUUUGAGUAUUUCGAGGUUAUCUUGCCAAAUGUUAUGUGUAAGUAGCUCGGUUGAAAGUGGGGCUCGUUUUACGAAUUUUAGAGUGAAUUGGAGUGAAGAUAUGUUAAUUCAAUCGCAAAAAAAUAAACCCAAAGAAAAUACCAAAUUCUAUAUGAUGAGUUAAAUAAAAACUUUAUAUAAUUGCAUGCAUUAUUUAACUAUAUUUUUGCGGGGCUUCACUAACAUACUUCGAAAUAUCGUGAAACGAGAUCUUAAUGCCGACGCCAUAACUAUCUAACCGUAAAGUAUUUUCAUUUCUAAACGAAAUAAAAUAGAUUUUGCUAUCAAUAUACUUAAACUGCUGUAAGAUUAGAGGCCGUGUUUCAAAAUAAAGUCACAUAUUAAAUAAUAUCUAUCUUAGCCACUGAACCGGGAUUGUACUAAAAAUAAGGCCCAAGUUUCAUCACCUAAACAUCCAUUUUUCUUACACUUUCACUUUUUACUUUGAAAAUUCAUAACAGAAAAACUGACGUUUAUGCUGUCGGUGACCUUGGGCCUAAAUGAAUAGAAAUAAAUAUUCUCAUAAGAAGUUGAAAUCAGCCUUACACAAAUUGAAUUAAAUAGUAUAAAUUAAUUCAAUUUAAUUUUAAAUUCUCCAAAAUAAUUAUGCAUUUCCCAAAAUAACUUACUUACCCCAACGUUUAGUUGAGUAGACCAUAUUUCUCGAAGACCAUUUGACUAUAACGAUAACUAAACCAUAACCAGCCGUACAUUUGCCGCCCAUUGGUCAGAUUGAAACUAUGACAACUGAAAAUGGUUCGGUUAUCAUUAUAGUUAAAUGGUGCAACUCACCAUAAGUAAGUGACUUUAUUUUGAUUAACGAUAAUAUUUGAUAGUUAUGUAUACCUACAGGGAGAAUAGAAUUAAGAAUCAACGAGCAUAGAUGUCGGCCGUAAGGUUACUGUAGCGAAUUCAUUUUGGGCAUAUCUGUACUACAUCAACUUUUUAGGGACUCUUAAAAAAAGGUAGUUUUUUUCAAUACCCUCAGAGUCUGCUCAGUAGUUAAAAAAAUAUAAGUGUUGAUUUUUUAUAUAUGUGUAUAAACCCUUACAUUUGUGUCACCAUUUUGGCCAUUUUUAACCGACUUCCCAAAAAUGAGAAGUUUGUGUGUUUCUCCUAUGUAUAGAUAUGCCCCAAUCUAUGUGUCUAGUCUAAUUUAAACUUAACGAUUUAUGUACCUACUUUAUAUGAUUUUUACAGCGCUCAUUAAGGGCCAUUUUCACUGACAACAUAAACGUCCGUUUUUAAUAAAACAACCGUUUACUUUGAAAAUUAAACAAGUAAAUUCAUUAACAUUGUUUUAAGAAAACUGACGUUUAUGUUAUCGGUGAACUUGGCCGUUAAUAAAUUAAUAGAUAUGAAAAAAUCUGAUGAUGUGUGAAUAUUGACUUUUUUAUAAUGUUUUACAAAUUGUGCAGGCGAUUUUGACGCUAGCAAAAAAACUAUACUUUAAUUAUUAUUUGUGAAAAAUCUAAUGAAACUCAUUUGGGUGCUUUAUGCCAUGAAUAUAAAAAAACGGAUUAAAAAUUAAUUUACUUUUAAACUUUCCUCCUUUAAAAGUAUUCUUUGCAAAUGUCACUAAAAAUGUCAAUUUGUGUUUGGUCUGGCUUUCGUGCCAAAACUAUUGAACCAAAUUUAAUGGAAUUUGGUACACAGAUAUACCAGAACCCAGAGAUACCUAGGUCCUUAAAGACUGUGGGAGUAAUAUAUUAUGUGUAAAAUGGCUAUAGUGACCCAAUUUGAGUUUCACAUCAAUGUUUGUCAAUGCUAAUAAUUCUGUUGUGAAUUAAAAUAUUAUGUUUAUAAUAAAA